GUUCAGUGAGAGUGCCGUGAUCCUUUUACCGAUCUACCGUGAAAGUCAACGAUGAAGUUUCCGCAAGUGGUCUUGCUCGCCUGUUGCUUGUUCCUGUUGGAUCCAUCGGUGAGGGCGGAAUCCAGCGAGAAGGAAUUGCGAGCUCGAGCAUCGGCCCAGCUGGAGCGGUUGGCGCCGUAUCGCAGGUCAUCGCCGGACCCAGGUCCAUCGGCGGAUCAAUCGCAGUCGCUGGAGACCUCGUCGGACGAUCCUGUGAGCACUUAUCUGGACGAGCGUCGAGUAGGCUUGGAGAUCUAUCAGAUCCUGCCUGAAGACCUGCAAGAGGACAUCGUGAAGAGGGGCAGCGUGGCUGUUCUGGAGCUGCUCGAGAACCCGAAGUACGUGGCGAUGAUGCAGGAACGGAUAAAGAGGUCCGGGGCCGACGAAGGAUACGAGACGAAGCGGGACGGAUACAAUUACGCGGAAUACGACCGGCCGCCGGAAGGACAUCCGCCGGAAGGAUACGGGGAAUACGCGCCGGAACCGUACGGCGGCGGUGGAGAUAACUACGGGCAGCCAGCAAACUCAGGAUCCGACUCCGGAGGCAUCAUACAGGGAUCAUCGAGCCUGAUCGGCGGCAUAGCCAAGGGCAUAAUCGGCGGACUGGUCAGUGCAUCGGGCAGCGCAUCGACCGGCUCGUCUUCGGUGUCCGCUUCGAGCUCCGCUCAAACCUCCUCGAAAUCGGCCGCAUCCUCGAUGGACCAGAGGAAACCAGAACCUUACGGACACUACGGGCAAUACGGAUACUAUGGACCCCCUCACCCGUACGCCAGUUCUAAGCAGUUCACCGUGUGGGACUUCAAAAAGGCGAUCUUUAGCACAUUAAUGCAGGCUGUUAAAGCCAUUAGUGGCGGUGUGAUUGCUUUGAAAGGUCAGCUUAUCAAGGGAGGUGGUUACCUUGUCUCGACCCAAGGCAAAAUGAUUGCCAAGACAGGAGACGCGAUCACGUCUUUGGGUACUAAUAUCGCGAAGAAUGCUGCGCACCCGCCGGCAACGCACCAUGAGUAUGCUUACGAUCAUCCUUCGAUAGCUGGUCACGAGGAAAGCUAUGACGGGCCUCCGCCAGGUAUCGAGGGCUAUAGCGAACCAAAUGACGGUUACCACGCAAAUUUGAAUUACGACUCGCCAUCGGACGUCGAUGACCACGCGGGUCUUCUGAUCGCAAGACCAUUGCCCCUGGAGAGUCCCGGCGACCACAUCUCGGACUUGGACAGUCACAAGCCCAGUGUGACCCACCCGGGCGAUAUCUAUCACGGCCCGCCACCGGAAUUGGAUGAGAAAGAGAUCGAAAACACCGUGGUUGAGAGCGGCAACCACAAUCAACCGAGUCACCCUGCCGAGUCUCAUCAUCAUCUCGAUCAUCCACCGUCCAGCUACGACGUUCCUCUGCAUCAGUUCUCGCUCGAGGAUUCCAAGAAGGGAAUCAAGGAGAAGUAUCCGCUUUAUCCCCCAUUGAUUGGAGGAUCAGGAACCAGUGCCCAUAACUCGUUAUCGAUUCAGCAAAACGUCGAAUACCCGCCGGUGCACAUUCGGUACACGGUGCCUAUCAAAGGGUCCUUGAAACUGCCGCUCGAAGACACCUCCAGCAACGAUCUGUCCGUGUACGGCAGUUUGUCGAUCGACGAGCCCGAGAUCGGAUCGACGAAACUGCAGACGGCGAAUCAGGUGGGCGGUUUCGAACUGCCGAAACUGCAAACCCACGGAAACUUCCGCGGUUUGCCCGGCUUUCUGAAUACUUACCCCGGCGGCGGUGCGUGGCAAGCACCUUUGAAGACGCCUUUAUUAAACUCUUACGUGACACCCUAUUGGCAGAACCAGGGAUUAUUCCAGCCGCUCGCUGGUUUCGACAUGUUCGGCUUAUACAGGAGACGGAACAGCCUUCACAGACGGAGAUCCGUCAGCGACGCUUUGCGGCACGCGACGAUGUCCCGAGUGUAGCUUUAAAGACUGAUCUCAGCGAUCUAUAGCUACAAUGCGAUUCGUCCUCAAUGGAAUGGGUCCAAAAGGCAGAACGUAUACGUGAUAACCACGUAUCACAGAUUAAAGUCGCAUUGAUCGAACUGAAAUGCAACGCAAGCAUGAUCUUGUUGCGUUGGGACCGUAGAAUUUCGCAAUAAGGUCGGACGUGGAUGAGGGCAGCAGGCUCGUGCACAAAUGGAGAAUACAAACGGAGGAGCCUGCACGGCUUCGAGUCGUCUUGAUGUUACGUUCACCAAGUCGGCAAGAACAAGACCGCGAAGAUUUCACAGUUGGAUCCGUUACUCACGGACGAAUCUUGUCGAAGUUAUUUGCAAAAAGAAACCGGUUCUGUAUAUGCAAACGACCGUGCGGAUGUUGGACAAUUAUGUGCGAGUCAACCCGGCGUAGAAAGUAUCCACAGUAGUUGCGUUUUUGUUUGUGAUAAAUACAAUGUCGGGAUCAUGCUGUAUAGCAUUCGAACGUAACUUCGAACGCAAGUUACCAUUAUUGUGCCUCGCUGUCGAAUACGGUACGGAUUGAUCGCGCGAUUAGCAUAACGAGCGACGCCUGUAACAUGUUCAUUUUGUACAUAGAAGGAAACGGAAGUUCGCGAACUACCGAUGUCGUGUUUUUAUCGAAUGAUAAAGGCCAUAGAAAUACAACUAAUUAAGCGUAUUUUACCCUCCCCCUGUCUCAGAUGCCUGCUAGAAUAGAAUUACGUAGCAUGUUUCAUACACAACUACAACCUCCCUCCCGUUAUUUAUAUAAUAAUGCGAUUCAAAUUGUCUCCCAACAUUCGGAUACCAUUGAAUGACUGUAACGCUGUUUUUAGUUUCAGUAUUUAUAGUGAAAUCGGUCUGUUUAUUGUUAUUGUAUUUCCCCGUUGAUCGCAGUGAUGUUUAAUAAACUACUGUUCUUUUGCUUGUUUUAGA